GGGAUCGCAGUGCUAGUCACACAAUCGAUUGACGAUUCGGCGAAAAGAAGCAGUUAUAAAACGACCCAAGUGCAAACCUGUCCACUUUUUCAGAAAACCCAAACCACGGCAACUAUCCACGGGUACAGUUCCCAAGAAGCAAUAUCAUAAAAUCCAACACACGAUGCAAUACGCCUACCUCCUCAGCAUCGUGCCGGCACUCCCUCUCGCGGCCCCAACGCUCCAACUCCGCGCCUCAACGCUGGAAGCCAUCCCCGGCCAGGCCAUCCUCAAAAACUCCUGCCCCUACGACGUCUCCAUCUCCGUCAUCCGACCCAUGGGCGACCCCACACCUGGAAUCCUCCAAGGCGGCGCCACCUACAGCGAACCACUGUACCACUCCACCGCCUGCCCGUCUCCCGGCUGCGGCGGCGUCUCCAUCAAAGCCAGCGCCGUAGGCGGCGGCCCCGUAACGCAAUUCGAGUACACGGCCGCGCCUGACGGAAACGUCUACUACGACCUUAGUCUGAUUGACUGUGUGGAUGCACCGGAGGGAUGUGUGGGACACGAGCAAGGGUUGAAGGCGGUUGCGGGACCGCAGUGCAGAGUGUUCCAUUUGGAUCCGGGAUCUGGAGAUGAGCAGCAGGCGUAUUUUGUUGCGGAGAAUGGGUAUAAGCCGAAUGCGCCUGUGGGAGGGUGUCCGGCGGGAGGUGGGGUGGCGUUUGAGCUUUGUGCUGGGAGUCAGAAGGGUCGUGGAGUAGGUAGACCUGAGCGAAGUGUACCCUAAGCUAGGUUGAUGAGUGAAGGGUUAUGUAAAAGGAGGCAUUGUAGAUGAAGAUCCAUAUAUGGAUUGCAAUCAGAAGCGUCUGGGAAGACAUCUCGAACUAGAUGAUAUCGCUCAAAUGCGCACUGUCUAUUCGUAUUGUGGUCAAAUGUUAGGUCUCCAGAAGAACAGUCUGUCGAUCAUUAACCCCUUCUUGCCGUCAAAACAUAUCUUUACAAAUACAAGUAGCACUGUGGUAACCCAACAAUCUGGCGCCUAAGAUGGGAAAGGCGCGAGCUUUGGACUACCAGGGAGUAAAACACGGGGCGCCAGGCAGACGAGCAUACGUAGCUGUAUCACACCCCAGAAAUCCGACAAAUUAGCUGAUUG